AUGUUGUUUUAUUAUUUCUCUCAUGAUUUUCCUUCUUUGCUGUUUAUUCAGCCUUUUUUUAAAAUCAUUUUGAUUAAUGCGUUAUUGCUUUGGGGCUAUUUUCAUAUUUCCUUUCUCGCUUUCUUAUCUCGCUUUUUCUUUCUUUGUUUUCUUUUCUUUCUUUUUUCUUUUCCUUUCUUUUUCCUUCUUUUCCAACAUUUUAUUUUUUCUUCCUCAUUUUACAUUUUCUUUUUUCUUUCGUUCUUUCUUUCUUUCUUUCUUUCUUUCUUAUAUCACAUUCUUUUUUCUUGCAUUUUCUUUCUUUCUUUAGUUAUAAAUUCUGCCUUUCUCUUUUCACAUUUUCUUUCUUUUUCUUUCUUUUCUUACAGAUUCAUACAUUUUCUUACACAUCUUACUUUUCUUUUUCGCAUUCUCUUUCUUUCUUUCUUUCUUUCUUUCUUUCUUUCUUUCUUUCUUUCUUUCAGUGGAUUCCAAAGGACGAAAAGAGCUUUCUUACUCUCACUGCUCCUCUCUCUGUCUCUUUCUUUUUCUUUCUUUCUUUCUUUCUUUCUUUCUUUCUUUCUUUCUUUCUUUCUUUCUUUCUUUCAGUGGAUUCCAAAGGACGAAAAGAGCUUUCUUACUCUCACUGCUCCUCUCUCUCUGUCUCUUUCUUUCUUUCUUUCUUUCUUUCUUUCUUUCUUUCUUUCUUUCUUUCUUUCUUUCAGUGGAUUCCAAAGGACGAAAAGAGCUUUCUUACUCUCACUGCUCCUCUCUCUCUGUCUCUUUCUUUCUUUCUUUCUUUCUUUCUUUCUUUCUUUCUUUCUUUCUUUCUUUCUUUCUUUCUUUCUUUCUUUCAGUGGAUUCCAAAGGACGAAAAGAGCUUUCUUACUCUCACUGCUCCUCUCUCUCUGUCUCUUUCUUUCUUUCUUUCUUUCUUUCUUUCUUUCUUUCUUUCUUUCUUUCUUUCUUUCUUUCUGUACACAUAUUCUCUCUUAUUUGACAUUUGAUUUUUUCUGUCUUUUUCAUUUACAAUCAUUUUAUUUCUUUUUCUUACGCGUUGGAUCUUCCAUUUUUCUUUUCUUUCUUUUCUUUUCUUAUAGUUCAUUUCGUUCUUCCUUUCUGUGA